AUGAAAUAACAGCAACAAUACAACUUUAAUAAAAUAAGACAAUUUUAUUUAUUUUUUUUUAAAGUAUAUCACUGCCUGUUUUCAAGAAAUUUAUAAAAUGUUAAAUAAUUUAAUUAAAUAUUGCUUGAUAUUUGUGAUAAUAUUUUUAAGUUUUCAAUACUCUGAAGGUUUACUUCGCAGAUGUUAUCAAUGUCGUUCAAGAGGUGAGUUAGGAAGUUGCAAAGAUCCGUUUAAAUUUAAUUUAACACAAGCUGAAAAAGAACCAGGUAUUGAAGCUAUUCCAUGUGCCUCAGGAUGGUGCGGUAAAGUAAUUGAAGGAGGUGGUUCAUAUUCUGUUGAUGAUUAUGACAUGGCAGUACAAAGAAUGUGUGUUCAAAGAGGUCCAGAUGAUUCAGAAGAUCGUUGUGCAUUUACAACUUAUAAUUAUAAAAAAGUUUAUAUGUGCUUUUGUCAAGGAGAUUUAUGUAAUUCAACUAGUUCAUUAAGUUUUUCAAAAUAUUUGUUUAUUAUUGUUAUAUUUGGAUUUAUUUUUAAAUAUUUUUAUUAAAUUCUAAACUAUAUUUGGAAGGAAUGUAAGUAUAUGCAUAAUAUAUAUAUAUGUGUAUAUAGUAAUUUCAUUAUAAUUUUUUUCUUUCUUAUGUUCUUCAACAAAAUACAAAUAAAAAAAGUAUGUAGGUAUGCUAAAUUUAUAUAAUUCUUUAAAUAAUACAAAAUUU